UCUUGAGAUGUUGCUUCAUUAUAUCCACAUAAUUCUACUCCCUCAUGAUGUCAUCUAUUUUGAGAAGUGCACCAGUCCCUCCUGCAGCAAAACACCCCCACAACAUGAUGCUGCCACCCCCAUGCUUCAUGUUACGAUGGUGUUCCUCGGCUUGCAAGCUUCACCCUUUUUCCUCCAAACAUAACGAUGGUCGUUAUAGUUCCAUUUUUGUUUCAUCAGACCAGAGGACAUUGGAGCACUGGCUUCUUCCUUGAAUUCUCCAACCCAACCAUGAACCAGCCAAAUGUUUGGAACACCUCAAACAACUGCUCCAUUAGUGAGUUCAAGCGUAGUGUCUAUCCAGCUGUCUAUCUGUUCAUCUUCACCUUCGGGCUUAUUGGCAACCUCAUAUCUCUUUUCUUCUUCUUUGGCUUAUGGAAAAGAAAGAUGGCGUUUUCUCCAGUCAACAUCAUCAUGCUCAAUCUCCUAGCAUCCGAUCUGAUGCUGGUGUGCUCUCUGCCAUUCCGAGCCACCUACUAUCUCAUGGAUUCCCACUGGACCUUUGGAGACGUCACCUGCCGGAUCAUGUCCUACAUCCUCUACAUCAAUAUGUAUGGCAGCAUUUACUUCCUAAUGGUUCUUAGCGUGGUCCGCUUCGUGGCCAUUGUUAAACCAUUCGUAUACAUUCACUGGCAAAGUUCUAGAAGAGCUUGGAUAAUAUGCAUCAUCGUCUGGUUGAUUGUGUCACUGGCCUCUAUCCCACUUCUUAGAGCAAGGAAUAACCAGGACACGUUUGGACGGACAAAAUGCCUAGAACUGGACUCGUCCAUGCUCAAGACCAUUAUCGUAUUGAAUCGGGGAGUCUUGUUUUUGGGCUUUGUGAUGCCCUUUGCGGUCAUCUCAGUGUGUUAUAUUUUUGCAGCCUUCUACUUGCUAAAGAAGGCCAGGCAGAAUCAAAGAUCUCCAUUUAAUCACAAGAAGUCUUGCUCUCUUGUGAUCAGUGUGCUUCAAAUUUUUCUCACAUGCUUCAUGCCGUAUCAUGUAGCCCGGACUCUCUUUUUGGAGGCUGAGAUGGAUUUAACAAAUACCAGCUAUGGCGGGUCCUGCCAUUAUAUUCAGCGUUUGAGACAGGCCGCGGUCAUUACGCACUGUCUAGCUUCAGGAAACAGUUGCUUGGAUCCUAUUCUCUUCUUUUUCGUGGGGGAAAACUUCAUUAACUUUUGGCGUCAAAAUACGUAGAGGCGACGGAGUUGCAUAAUAGAGCAGAAUGUGAAAGUGUUGGAGAAUAUACAGCCUGCGUUUUUAUAGGGAAGGGGUAAUGACUGUUGAGGUGUGUUUAGGACCUGUUGGGACU